GAGGCGGAAGUGCAGUGGGAUAAAAACGCUGUCUGUGAGGGGAGUGACUGUGUGCAGCUGCAGUUAGCAUCAGUCCACUGUUUUAGAAAAAAUAAAAGAACAAAAACAUGUCCGAUGAUGAUAAAUUACCGCCCGGGUGGGAGAAGCGCAUGAGCCGGAGUUCAGGCAGGGUGUACUACUUUAACCACAGCACGAAUGCGAGUCAGUGGGAGCGGCCGAGUGGGGUUGGCGGUGCAGCGGUGGACAAGGUGCGCUGCUCUCACCUGCUGGUCAAACACAACCAAUCACGCAGACCGUCAUCAUGGAGACAGGAGAACAUCACACGCACCAAAGAAGAAGCUGUGCAGCUCAUACACAGGUAUAUAGAACAGAUAAAGUCUGGUGAGGAAGACUUCGAGACGUUGGCAUCCCAGUUCAGUGACUGCAGCUCCGCACGCAACGGAGGAGACCUUGGCCUGUUCGGCAAGGGUCAGAUGCAGAAGCCGUUUGAAGACGCCUCAUUUGCGCUGAAGAUCGGAGACAUGAGCGGUCCGGUGUUCACUGACUCCGGUGUUCACAUCAUCCUGCGUACAGGAUAAAUCUCAUCCCUCCCUCCCUCCCUCCCUCCCUCCAUCAGUCCGUCUGUGUCUUUUAUUCCAUUAUACAGAAAAGUCCAUGGACUUCAAUCCAACACACACCACACAAUCACUUUCAAACUGUUUACAAUAAAACACCUGUAAUAAAAUAAAGAGUAGAAUAAAAUUGUCUGCACUGAACAGGCCUGAUAUCAGACUUCAUAUUUCAUCAAAGCCCUGAUUCUUUUUCCUGCUGUGUCUCUCAUUACCUUCAUCCUGGACACGAUGUCGAACCUGCAGCGAUGGAUAAUGACCAAUAAAAUGAUCACAUGAUGAAUA